AUGGAGUGGCUCCAACCCGCCCCGCAGCCCAUCGGCCUCUUCGACACAUUUACGGCCCGCCAAACUGAAGUCCUAGUCAUUGAUGAAAAGCUUCUCUCCCUCUCCGGCGAUAGCUUCGACAUCCGUCUCGCCAAUGGCAUGCCCUUGCUGAAAGUCAAGGGGAGCGUGCUGUCUCUCAGCGGUCGCAAGGACGUGACCGACAUGCUGGGAAACCACAUGUUCACCAUCUCGAAGAAAAUCCUUAGUCUUCAUGCGACUUUUGCUGUCACAAAUGGCACGGGGCAGUUGAUUAUGGAGGUGAAGAAUAGCUUAGUUCAACUCAUCGGCUCGAAAGCGACCAUCACGUUCACUUCGCGAACAGGAAAGUACGAGACCCUCGUCAUGAGGGGAAAUUGGCGGUCCUCCAAGGCCGACAUCGUCGACGAGGCCACAGGACUCGUGGUCGCCCGGAUCAAGCGUGACCGAACCGCCAAGCACUACCUGAUGGGAGCCCAGACUUACACUGUCACCAUUGCUCCUGGCGUUGACAUGGCGCUCGUGGCAGCCAUGUGUAUUUGCCUGGAUGAGAAAAAUGAAUAG